AUGACAUCGAACAAAGAGUUAAAUAAAGAACACCUCGAUUUAUUUUCCUAUGAAGAUCCUGAAUUAUGUGAGGAGGAAAAUUUGUUCAAGUCUAAUCAGGCGCCGUGGUUUUAUCAUCUAACAUACUUGUUAGGAUUAAAAAAGGAUGAUUUCAAAAGCAUAAAAAACAUCGUGGAAAAUGAGAAAAAAAAAGCAAGUGCGAAAAGUCAUAUAUUAGACAUAAUAGAUUACCGAACUUAUAGUGACAUAAUGCGAAAAAUUAAUUCCAAAAUGAGAAAUUCCAUAUCUGUUUAUUUAUUUUCUUGUAAAUAUUUUUUAAGUAAAUAUUCUCAAAAUACAAAAUCUAACGAGAAUGUUCAUUUUGUAUUUGUGUUUGGGAAUAUCACAGCAGAUUUGGAUUCCGUUUGUUCGUCAAUUAUAUACAGUUUUUUUUUACACCUAUGGUAUUCCUUAAAAAGCAAAACUGUAAAAGAAAAAAAUUCACAUGUACUGAAAUUUUUUAUCCCGGUUAUUAACAUUAAGAAGAGUGAAAUGAAGCUUAAAAUUUUGAUAAAUUGGUGGUUGGAAAAAUGUGAGAUAAAGACUCCCGAGGAAAUUUUAGUUUUUAAUGAUGAUAAAAAUUUGUUAGAAGUUUUAAAACACGAAAACAAAUACGACAUUUGUUUCGUUGACUUUAAUGACUUCGAGCCGAGUAACAUAUACAAUAUAAAUAAUGUGAAAUCCAUAAUUGAUCAUCAUAUGCUUAAGGAAGAGGCAAAAAAUAAAAGAAUAACAAAAUCGAUUUACCCUAUAUAUGUGUGCAGUUGUAUGGUUAUCAUAGCCUAUUUUUAUAAGCAAUCGAGUGAAUAUCUUGGAAUACCUUUUGUAAACAAAAACAUGAUGUGGCUAAUAUAUGGAACAAUAUUAAGGGACUCCAACAACUUUGCAAAAGGGGAUUUUGGAAAACGAUGGAUAAAACCAGACCUAAACAUAUUCUUAUCCAUGAAAAGAUUUUUUAGAAUAUCAAACAAAAUGGACAUAUAUAUUACUUACAGUUUUAAUAUUAUUAGAUUUUCUAUAAAUUUAAAAGAAUUUGGAAUAGAAAAUCUUUUGCUUGCUGAUUAUAAAGACUAUAAUUAUGAGAUUUUAAAGAAAAAAAUAAAAAUGAGAAUUGCAUCAAUAGAUUUUAGUAUAGAUUUGUUACUUUCGAAUGAAGAUGUUAACCGAAUAGUUGUUAAAUUACAUGAACUCUGCGAGGAUAAUAAUUUUUCUAUCUUUAUUUUAAUUGGAUCAUAUUUAUAUAAUUAUAAACUAUAUAAAGACAUGGGAAUCUUUUUUUAUAACAAUGAUGUGAACAAGGAUGAUUUAAUUAAUGCCUUGUUUUUAAAUGAAGACAUAAAACUUUCUAAGAAAGGAAGUAAAAAUAUAACUUGGCGAAAUGAUUCCAAAAUAUUUGACACUUUCCAAAUCAACAAUCAAAGCUAUUCGCGAAAAAGAUUAGAAUAUUUUUUAAGUGAAUAUUUUUUUUCGUAUACCUAA